AUGUCGAAGUUGUCGAGCAUCUUCAGCGACCAGCUUGCCAAGCUGAACUUCCCCGCCAUCUCACAACAGUUGGUGCGUGAUGCUUCGGAUCGACCAUUACUGAGCACACUCGCUGUGCUGGGAUCGCUGUGGGCCGCUCGGACAGCCUACAGUAUCUGGGACUUCAUGUGGCUGCAUUUCCUGCGGCGUAGUCAGCUCGACCGGUAUCAGGGCACCCAGGAAAAUCCAGCAUGGGCAUUGGUGACGGGUGGAUCUGACGGCAUCGGACAUGGCUUUGCUGAAGAGCUACUUAGUCGUGGUUUCAAUGUCGUGCUGCACGGGAGAAGCCAGGUCAAACUCGAGGGCGUCAAGAACGCUCUGCUGAAAGAGUGGCCGCAGCGAGAAAUCAGGCUCGUUAUCAUCGAUGCUGCUAAACUGGAUGGACUGGACGACAAGCUUCAGUCUGCUGCUAAAUCUUUGCAAGACAUCAAUCUCAAAGUCCUGAUCAACAAUGUUGGUGGUGACGGUGGUGUUGCGCCGCUCUUCACGCCCCUUCAGGAAAAGCCAGCAAGCGACAUCAGCAAGUUCCUAUGCGUCAACUCACAUUUCCCGACAGCCAUCACGAGAGUCUUUCUGCCACAGCUGAUCCGCAACGAACCUACGCUGAUCAUGAAUAUUGGCAGUGGCGUGAGCGAGAUUGCUGGUCCAUACAUCUCCAUUUACUCUGGCGCGAAAUCGUACAAUAAAGCAUGGUCUAGGAGUAUGGCGGCCGAGCUGAAGCUGCAGGGAUACGAUAUUGAAGUGUUAUGCAUCAUGGUCGGACUGGUGGCGACGAACUCUACCCAGGAUCGAAAGCCCGGUGGCGCGAUUGCGAGCUCGAGAGGCAUGGCCGCAAGCAGUCUGAAUGCAGUUGGUUGCGGCAGAUACGAUAUCUGGGCUUAUUGGCCACACGCUCUCCAAUUUGCUAUAUUAUUGCAUCUGCUUCCUACAAAGUUUGUGAACAACUUUGGUGCUAAGAUCGUGCAGAAGGAGCGAGAUAUGGAGAUUGCGAGGCUGAAGCAGUCGUAA